AUCCAACAUGGCAGACAGCGCGAUGUUUUGAAAACACCGCUUUCAAGUUUUGCACAUUUUUGCCGGUUUAAACAGAUCGCCAAACUGAGAUGGAACGGUUCGCAGGUACACCAAACCCGUGGGUAUCGGAGAACAAGUCACUCGGGGCAACGGGAAAUGUGCUUACCAUCGCCGAACGCACUGGUCACUUAAAACGGAGAAGAGAUCAGGAAUUGUCUCUGAUUGCAAGAGAACAUUCGCCGUCUUUGAAGCUAAUAAGUAUGCUCAAGGAAAUCCAGUCUAGAAGAAACAAACUUUACAAGAUUGAUACUGAGGUGAAAAAAAGAUUACUGGAUAAAUCAACGCAAGAUAUCACACACCUGGAUGUCCUGGAACAAAAGAUCGGUAAGCUUAAUGAUUUGAGCGAACACCUCCAGUCAGUGACUUUACACAAGGACGUCAUUAUCAAUCGACUUCAGCAGCCAUCAGUCGGGGAAGGAUUAAAAAUAGAAGCAAGAUACCACCAGUUUGUGUCUGGUCUGUUUCCAAUAUUAGCAAAGUGUCUGUCAGAGCUCAGUUCUAAUCUGGAUAACAUAGAAUGGCUUGGUAAUCUUAAUCUGUCCGAUGGACAACUGGGUUAA